ACUCCGGAACUUGGUUAACAAUAAAGUCAAAGUUAAGAUCAAAGUCAGAGUUACUUUACGACUGGCUGUUUACCGCCAAUCAGUUCGUCUUGGCAAGUCCCUUGAGACCCACGAUUAGAUUCUUUACACUGAAAUUUGCGGCUCGACUUGAUUAUGGUAUCUUCGAGGUAAUAUACCGCUGUUGCUUUGGCAGGAUGUUACGUCAGAUGUCUCGCUUCUUCCGGUCAUGUGGCACUCGGGUCUACAGUCAGUACCUCAACAACAGUUAUAUUUUCCAGGACCCGAACCUCAACGAUCCGCCAAGAAUACUAAUCACAGGAAGCUUGGGACAGCUUGGAGUAGAAGUGGCGAGGUUCCUAAGAGAUAUAUAUGGCCGAGAGAACGUCAUUAUGUCUGACAUCAUCAAGCCCAGGAAAGAGGUUUUCAAUGAUGGUCCUUAUAUAUUCGCUGAUAUACUGGAUUUCAAAGGGCUUCAGGAAAUAGUAGUGACACACCGAAUUGAUUGGCUCAUACACUUCAGUGCCUUGCUUAGUGCCAUUGGCGAGCAGAAUGUACCGCUGGCCGUCAGAGUUAACAUUGAAGGUGUACACAAUGUGAUAGAACUGGCUAAGCAGUACAAGCUUAAGUUGUUUAUUCCGAGUACGAUAGGGGCAUUUGGACCAGAAUCUCCCCGAAAUCCAACACCAAAUAUAACAAUUCAACGUCCAAAAACAAUAUACGGCGUUUCAAAAGUGCACGCCGAGCUUCUGGGGGAAUAUUACUUCCACCGAUAUGGCUUAGACUUCCGUUGUCUUCGAUUUCCGGGAGUCAUCUCCAGUGACCCACCGGGAGGAGGGACCACGGACUACGCUGUCGCCAUCUUCCAUGACGUUCUGCGCACUGGAAGGUUCGAGUGUUAUCUACGGCCGGACACACGCUUGCCCAUGAUGUACAUCAAGGACUGCCUCAGAGCCCUCUGGGAGUACAUGGUGACACCAGCCGCAAAGCUAAAGAGGCGGGUGUACAACGUCACGGCCAUGAGCUUCACCCCGGAAGAGUUGGCUGCCACCAUCGCGAAAUACGUUCCUGAAAUCAAGGUCACCUAUCGCCCAGACAGUCGCCAGCAGAUAGCGGAUUCGUGGCCACAAGUGUUCGACGACAGCGCCGCAAGAGAGGACUGGUCUUGGCACCAUAAAUACGACAUUGACAAGAUGGUGACAGCAAUGAUUGAUGAUAUUAGGCGGCAGUACAACUGACUUUAAACACAGCCUGAAAUUUAAAUGUCUUCCAGUAAGUGAACUGUGGUUUAUGAAUAUCUUAAUGGAAGAUUAA